CAUGAGUUCUCCCAACGUGGCGGUGAACGCGCUGAUCCUGGUGUUUCGUUCGAGAAUUAGCGGCGGCACCGAGCCGCAGGGAUACUUCGACAAUUGGUCCGACUCGCUGAAGCCGCUGCAGUGCGAGGGAGGACCACCCAACGCUCUCACCAACAAAGACCUGUCUGGCAAGAACGACUUCUGGUUCUCCUGGAUGCCUCCCGACGUUCCGGAGAUCGACGUCGCCCUCAAAGGCACGUUUGUCGUCAACAACGAGUACUGGUACGACAUCGAGAUCGGCAGCGCCUUUCCGGUGGACGAAUUCCCUGUGUCCAUGGAGGGCUGCGGCCAGGUGAAGAGCUGCGUGACGCUUUCGCGCACGCGCACCAAGUGCGAGAAGGCCAGCCGGUGCGACCUGACCGUCACGUACUCCCUGAGCGCCGACAACCGGACGCUGGAGGUGACCAUGGGAGGUGUCGCAUCCAUGGCCGGUCGCUACCUGGCGAUAGCCUUCACCAACGACUCGGAAAGCCUCAAGAGUGCCAGCAUCUUUGCCUGCACCCGGACGGAAAGGCUGGCGGAGGUUCGACACUUCACGCUUGCCGAUGACAAGAGCAUGCCCAUGGAGACGAACCAGGUCUUGGGGAACACGGCAUUCGAGCAAGAUGGCGAGCGCGUCUGGUGCCGAUUCGAGACUCCCGUUCGCGUGGCGGGCUUCGACCUGUCUGUUCCCCUGUACCAGGUGUACUUCUGGGGUCAAGCCAACCUCACAUCUGGCCAGAUCGAGAUGAGCCCGCCGUACAAGACCUCCAAGGAGCCCAUACAAGUGGGCGUGGCCCAGCACAGCAGACUCACCAGCGCGUCCUCGCGAGAGAGCGCGCCGGUGUUGGCUGUACUCGUGUCCGGCCUCAUGGCUGCGAUACUCCUGCGGCCCAUGUCAUAAUGACCCUUCGGCAUACACCGCGAAGUUCGCUCGCGCUGCACGCACGAUUUCGUCGCGAAUUCGCGACAUUUGCGGAGAUGUUCACACGUGGCACCGCGCCGCCGUCGCAUGUGGUACACGCGUGGCACGUUUCGUUAUCUUGAUUUCUUUUUUAUUUUAUUUUUCAAGCACGUUAAUUGAAGAAAUCUUUUGUUCGAGUUAUAGGUUGCCAGAGCUCGACACUUGUUAUGCGAAUCUGAAAUACAAAAGAUGAUAUUGGUGCUACUGUCGCUAUCAAUUUGAAUAGGAGACUCGUGUCAAAUCAAACAUACAGCGGAAUUUUUUUUGUUGUUCGAAGAUCUGCCCCGCAGAAAGCGUGUUUUGGGCUGCAGUGUUGAAUGAAUGCAUAGCUUCUGAAAGCGCAAUAAUAGUUUUAAAAUACGUGGUACCACGAAUGUAGAGCACAUGACAAGCGCUUUCGUUUUUAUUUUGCGCUUUCAGAAGCUGCGGAUCAGUUAGAAGCUAGCGCGAUAUCCGUGCUUGCUGAAUGUAUCGACGGUACCGCUACCGCUAGGCGAAAUCGGAUCGCUCCUGACAACACUGCCUCUUCUGCAAAAGAAGUGUCAUUCUCCUUCACGUGAAAGACGGCUGUAUAUUAUAUAACCGUGGUAUUAUGAUACUGUCCAUGUUAAAGGAACAGGGAAAUCAAAACAAGAGAAAGGAAAGUACGCAUGUUUUUAGACAACUCUCUUACGCUUUGCUGAAGUUCCCGAAUGUCCUUUACUUUUCACCCGGUGACCUUUGGCUGCUGCUCUAGCAUUGUCGCAUUGCAAAGCUCCGCGGGCAUUACAUAUACAAAUGUUGAAGGCAUUGUUAUCUGCUCUUCUGCGCGUCUUGCGCUAUGUUAGAAAAACGCCCAUUCGUAAGUUCGAAGUUAGCGACAACCUCGACUGCCAUUGAAGGCUGAGUUGGAGCGCUCAAAUUAUGUAGAUUAACUCCAUGAAGGUGCGAUACGAAAAGCCAAUAUUCGUCAUACUGUUUCCUUCUAAUCAUAGCUUUCAUUAUUGCUUAUGCGCAUGCUUUUCCACUUUUAUCAUGCAAUUGUAGACUCCGUCAUUGGGACACGUAACGCCUUGCAAGUCCACGAAUAUCCGAAAUACCUUGCGCUUUCUUAUGACAUGUUUAUAUUUUCUUGUGAUAGGUUCAUUUUUUACUAUAGAUUUUCAUUUUGUAAUAGGUUCGUCCUUUACUAUAGGUUUUCAUUUUGUAAUAGGUUCGUCCUUUUACUAUAGGCUUCUUUUUUCUCGUGAUGGGCACUUUCGCCUAAACCUACUGUGACCUGUUAAAUUGAGGGCGCUUCUGUCACUGCCUGCUGAUUCACACUAUAGCGCAUGAGUGCCUGGACAACUUAGACACGUGGAGGUCGUUAUAGCUGGUUUUGGUCGUUGACGCAGCAGGUAUUCUUGGCCUGAGAGGGGGAAAAAAAGAACAGUCCAGGUUAUCAUCACUAAUUCUGCCUCAAGCGUCAACGUGCUAGAAGGCGCAGGUUCUUCAACGCACCAUGGCAACGUUGUGGUAGAAAGGUGCCGGGAAACGAAUGCAGUGCUCGUUGUGGUUGUUCUGAAAGCUUGAGCUGGGGCUGUGUAGAGUCAGGAUUCUUAAAGGAAGGGUAGAAACGAGCGCGUCGGGAUGGUAUCCACGUUGAGUACUGUAACAAGGACUUGCCGCGGCCGAUACUCAAAGAAAGGGGAGAGCGUGGCCCUACUACGCCCUACUGCAGGCAUAUAGGUGUGCACAUGGUUUGGGAAGUAGACAGUUCUUGGAAUGCAACAGCAGUGGUCCUCGGCCGACAUUAUCAUCAAAAAUCUGCAUGGCCAUAACUAUGCACAUUGGGCAAUGACGGGACAGGUCCGACUCACCAAAUAUAUAGAGAAGAUUUGCCCCACCCCCCUCAGAUG